CCUAGGGGAAGCUCCACCUCCCUGCACAUGGCAGGCACUAAGAAUCAGACAAGGAAGAAGGAAGAGGCAGCUGGUUAGCUUGGGAUCAGGUUUCCCUUUAGCCUCCGAAGUCGGACCGUCUCCCAGGCCUUAUAACAAUAAGGGCUGUUACCGGGGCUACUAGCCUAAUGGCAGCGGCUGCAUGAAGAGGAAUGUCACUGAACCUGCCGCUUCUCCUCGAUGGUGACAGUGUCCAUGGUUGUGUGCCCUCCGGCUACUGCUGGUGCUGACAGAUCGCAGCAAGCGCUCCAACGGCUCUGAGCCUGGGAAAAGCCAAGGAACCUGCUAUUGAUGCCAAAGCGCCGAUUUCCAGGAAUCGAGGGAGUGAGGAUCGGCAGUCGGUGCUGCUCAGCGGAUCAAACCUACAUUGUUACAUCUGGGAACAGGGCUGACGUGGGGGGCCACACAAAUAGAUCUCCUUUAACAAGAGAAGAUUAUGGCGGAGAGUGGGAGUGGUGCUGGCAGUGGCUCCUCCUCCGUGGGAGGAGUUAGCAAUCCAACCUCUCUUGCUCCUGGCGACUCUCAGCUGAUUGCUCUGAUCGUCGAGCAGCUAAAGAGCCGGGGGCAGUUCGACGGGUUCCGAAGAGAUUGCUUGGCCGAUGUGGACACAAAGCCGGCCUAUCAGAACCUGCGUCAGAAAGUGGACAACUUUGUGUCGACUCACCUGGACAAACAAGAGUGGAACGCGGACAUGAACAAGAACCAGCUGAGAAACGGACUGCGCCAAAGCGUCAUCCAAUCAGGGAUGCUGGAGGCUGGGGUGGAUAGGAUCAUCUCGCAGGUGGUGGACCCAAAACUCAACCAUAUAUUCCGGCCCCAAAUAGAAAAGGCCAUACAAGAGUAUCUUGCUGCUCAGACUAAGGAGGAGCCGGCUCCGCCACUGCCACCGGGCCCCCCAGAGCCCCAAGAGCAAGAGCCUCCGGGGCCCUCUCAAAGUGUCUCCUAAAGGGGUUUCCCUGUAACAUCUGCACUGUAACCACUGCCAGACUGCAGCUUGCAACAUCCUCCUAGCAAGGAGCUUGUAGUUGGGCAGCCGAUGGAGUGCAGAGGUUGCUGGGAAAGGCCCAGGCAGAAAACCUUCCCGCGUAAACAAACGCACACCGCAAUGCCGAUAAGCUAGAUGUAUGGCUGCCGCCAUAGUGGUAGGGGCAGCAGCGAAACUGGAAACAGAACUCAGUUUGGGGGGGGGAAUCGUGAAUUCUCCAUGGCUGAGCGCUAAAUAGGGGAGGGGGUUAAUUAUAGACGCUUAUUACAUUUCUGCAUCAGUUCUGAGGCAAAACUUUGGUUUGAAAAGGUGGCGCCACGAUUAGUGUUGGGGUUCUUCUGGGGUUCUGUAGUAACGUGGGCAAACUGUGUCCCUGCUGCCGAUUGGAUGUUGCUUUUAUCAUUCUCACUGGCUGCUAUGGUUACUGGGUGUGACCAAUCAGAUGUUUCCUUUAUGCUAACUGCCCAUGCCUUGUAACUAUAGCAACAAUCGGUAGUAGUCUGGUCAAAGCUUGCAUCUGAUUGGUUACUAAGGACUUGGGAAAGGUUCCCUCUCGUUACUUCAUUACCCAAUGGGUCCUUAAUUGUGGGGGUAAAUCUGGCAGAAUGAGUAAUCUGACUUUGUAAGAGAUAAAUUUGCCUUUGUUAAUUUUGUUCUCGUGCCAGCACGCUAACAGACUACCUACCGCCAAACGCACGAUGACCUACUGCCUAAGGGAGGAGCUUGGUUUUUGUUUUUUCCUGAUUGUUAAUGUUCUCUUUUUUUUCUAUUAAUUUUAUAUGUAAUGUAUGAAUUUGCAAUUAAUUGUCUAAAUAAAUAUAUUUUGGUUUUUGUGAAUGAG